AUGCGCGCCAUCGUCCAGCGCGUCAGCUCGGCAUCUGUCACGGUCGACAGCGAAGUCAUCUCGUCUAUCGGCAGAGGUCUCAUGGUCCUCGUCGGCGUUGGAAGAGAUGACAACGCGGCCGAUAUGGAGAGCAUCAGCAAGCAGAUUCUGUCUCUCAAAGUCUUUGAAGAUCCCACUACGGGGCAGAUGUGGAAAAAGAACGUCCAGGACCUCGGCGGCGAGGUCCUGUGUGUCUCACAAUUUACCCUCUUCGCAAGCACGAAGAAGGGGAAGCCGGACUUCCGCCAUGCAAUGGCAACAGGUCCCUCCCGGGACUUGUACGGCUCCUUCCUGAAGCGGCUGGGCGAUUUGUAUAAUCCGGACAAAGUUAAAGAUGGCCGUUUUGGCGCCAUGAUGAGCGUCGGGCUGACGAACGAGGGCCCCGUAACCUUCACGUUGGACUCGCGCAAGUUCGAGUACGUCGACCCACUUCCGUCCGCUGCCGCGACGCCGCCGAACAAAAAAGGAUCACCUGCUAUGCCGGGUGCGCAGACACCGAAGUCGCAGCCGCAGUCUCCUCGGACGGCGGCCUUGGGCGGAGUCGCGCCCGUCGGCCAAGUGAGCGUCGGGGGUCGGGGCUACGAGAAAGACUCCUUGUAG